AUGGAAAAGCAGAGUGAAGAAUGCAGCUAUUGCUGCUUGACUGUGAUCGCACUUUCGAUCGCAUUCUGUUCGGCUGUGGUCACGUUAUUGGUCGCUAAUUACAUGUAUACCGGCUUACCGUGCCGAGACGAUCCGAAGCCUUUCGCAGUGAAAAACGACGAGCUGUCAUGGAAUGGAAGUGAUCGCUUGGUGGUGGCCAGUAAGAGAGUUAUUGUCGUGAAGCUUGAGGACAUGAAACGCUGCUAUAUAUUGCCAAGUCGACUUGCACAGGAGUCGCCUCGAAAACAAUUCGAAAUCGUGCCGGAACCGCUGUCGAAAGCAAUCGGCGUUCAUUUUGCCGGACAGGAAGGGUGGAAUUUUUGUAAUUCGCUUCCAAUGUACCUACUUGAGGAAUCAAAAAAUGAAUGA